GUUUGUUUUGGUUUCGAAGGGAGGCGUUGGUUUGCCUCUAGUUGCACCUGCCUUGUUCUCUGCUGUCGUGUCAUAUUCCUCCGCUACAUGAAGCAGGAAUAAGUAGAACGCAGAAGACCCGUCGUAACGCCCGUCGACAAGUAACGCACAAAGAGACCGCAAAACACACUGGUUUGGUUCGUCCGCGAACAGAAGUCACCACGGAACUGUCAGACAAGCUAUGCUUGAUAAGACAGGAGCAGCGUCAGCUCUACGUGCUGUAAAGAUAACCCGGAGCAGAUAAUUUUAAAUGAGAGCAUCUGCAAGCUCGGGUAGCACUGGUCACUGAAUCACGCGGAGCAGACGUGUCGAGUUUUUUUCUAUUGUUUAUCCCGGUAGAGUAUAGUGUUCGGCAUUUCCAAGUGUUUACGUGUCACACGCGCGUGAAAAACAUGAGCUUGUACGUCGUACGGAGCCGCAAGUUCGAGAAAAUCGCCCCGCUUUCGAUUGAGGAUGACCCCAGACAGCCGAAGCCGUAUACUAAUGCAGACCUGGACGAGAUGCGACAAGUCCUUGAGCAGACUGGCCAGUCGCACCUGCUCAAGUUUUGGCCCCAGCUGAACGAAGAAGAGAGAUGUAAACUUAUGACAGACCUCAGAUACAUCGACUUUGAACAUGCCACGAGGGUUUUCCAAGAGGCCACAAACACUGCGUCGUGCGACUCAGAGAAGUUGGACGAGAUACUGGAGCCCAUUCCCCCGGAGCGACACGGAUCCGUGUCGCGGUGUUCGCCGGAGAAGUUGGAAGCCUACAGAGCAGAAGGUCUGCAACACAUCGCGGAAGGGAGAGUCGCAGCCCUUCUCCUUGCCGGGGGCCAGGGUACCCGUCUGGGUGUACCCUACCCCAAAGGAAUGUACGACGUCGGUUUGCCCUCUCACAAGACCCUGUACCAGCUUCAGGGUGAAAGGAUCUUGCGCCUGGAGCAGCUGGCUGAAGACCUCACCGGAAAGAGGGGCUCCAUUCCGUGGUACAUCAUGACAAGCGAACACACCAGGGAGCCAACCCUAGAGUUCUUUGCAAAGCACGACUUCUUCGGCCUGCAAGAAGACAGUCUCGUAGUCUUUGAACAAAACAUGAUGCCCGCUUUCACUUUCGAUGGCAAGGUUAUCCUUGAGAAUACGCACCAAGUAUCGCUGUCACCAGACGGUAACGGUGGCCUGUACAGCGUUCUUCAAAGCAAAGGAAUCCUCGCCGACAUGGAACGACGUGGCGUCCGCUACAUCCACGUCUACGGCGUCGACAACAUCCUAGUGAAGAUGGCGGACCCGACGUUCAUGGGCUACUGCAUCACCCAAGGAGCCGACUGUGCGGCAAAGGUGGUGGAGAAGGCGUUUCCUACGGAGGCCGUAGGAGUGGUCUGCAACGUGAAGGGACAUUACCAAGUGGUGGAGUACAGCGAAGUCUCCCUGCGGACUGCUCAGAAGAGGAAUCCGGACGGGCGGCUCACGUUCAACGCUGGCUCCAUCUGCAACCACUUUUUCACGUUGGAUUUCUUGAAAAGUGUUUGUGUCGGUAAAAGCCUGAAGUACCACAUUGCAAAGAAGAAGGUACCUCACGUGAAUGACGGUGGCGAGACCGUUCGCCCCGAAAAGCCAAACGGAAUUAAGCUCGAGAUGUUUGUUUUUGACGUCUUCGAAUACGCAGACAACUUCUUUGUGUGGGAAGUUUUGAGAGAGGACGAAUUCUCGCCGCUGAAGAACGCGGAAGGUGCUGAGAAGGACACUCCGACAACGGCGCGCCACUCGCUCUACAACUUGCAUCAGCGAUACGUCCUCGGGGCUGGCGGAAAAUUUGUCGACGAAGAUGACACUCCAAUUUCUCUCAUUCCCAGCUCUGCACAGUCUCAGAACGGCGCCCACAACGGGCAUGGAGACCACAACAGUCAGAAGGAGCACCUGAAGUACGAAAACCCGAUCGUCUGCGAGAUCUCACCGCUCCUUUCAUACGAUGGCGAGGGACUAGAAGACUACGUCAAGGGCAAGAAAUUCACACCACCUCUGCAUCUCAAGAGUGCCGAUGAAGAAUCUAUCUUCCAGAACGGAAUUCGCAAAGACUAGCGCAGCUUUUUCUACAAUGUCUGUCCAUAAAGUUUUUGAGGCCGUGCGGCAUACGAAAGCACCUGCCCUGGCCAUUGCACGGCACUCUACGCUACGUCUGGUAUUCAUGUAUAAUUGGUCUUCGGCUGGACGUUUUUUGGACUUCGUUUGGACAUUUUUCGGACGUGGAUCAUGCCGCAAAUUACGGAACAGCCGAUUGGCUGCGUUUCGCGUAUGUUUCAGUGAGGUAGUGUAUCGCUGAAAAUAUUGCGCAAGUGUUCAGUCAGUUGAUGCUACCGUACGUGUGGAUUUCCUGACGCAACGCGCCGGAAAGGGGCAGCAUGGUGCAGCACCGAUUGGUGACGUAAGAGGUUAGCUUCAGCUUGUGCAAGGUCCUGUGGAACUGUGGUGAGUCGUAGCGUCGUGGCGUGUUGCUAAUAAUUCAUUGCGGGAAGGGUGUAAACUUGGUUUUGUACAGCUGCAUUUUCUGUUUCUUACAUCUUUGUCUCACAAUUCUCUUUAGAUAUGCCAGUUGAUAUCCUCCUUUCUCUUUUGUCAUGCUGGGCUGUUGGGCACACUUAGUACAUUCCUUAUCUUUCUAGUAUUGAUCUCUCGCUCUCUUGCAAUUUUUUUUUUACACUGAAUCGAUGCCUCGAAAACAGUGUGUCUCGCUUCACUUUCAGCUGUUGCAGUAUUAUUGCAUGUCUAAGAUUUGACCAGGUCUGCAGAGAUUAUUUUGUGUCAAGAAGUCCUGCCACACUGUACAAUAUAUUCUGUUGCGUUCCAUGUGUUCGCAUGUUCAAAGUGCUUAAUCGUGGAAAUAUACAUGAAGGAGAAGUCUGAUAGAUGUGUAUUUUAGCGCUCGAUCUGAAGAUCUGUUUGAAGAUGUCUGGAUGUCGUCAAAAAUAAAUUUUUAUUUUUAUUUAAA